CUUUUCUCUUCCUCCCAAAUCCUCCGGCCCCUACUCCCGCACCCCUGCGACUUCAAAGUUCAAACCAACCCCCAAAACCGACUUCCCAGUGACAACCUUUCCGGCAUGUAGUCCUUCCCUCUUCUCACCCCAAAUCCAUCCUUCGUUAGCAAUGGUGUCACACCCGCACGAACCGGCAAUGAGAGCACACGUGUCUUCCCUCUCUGCUACCUCUCCUAUCUGCAUCUUACCCUUUCAGGCAUUCGAACUACAAAUUCCAAUUUGCAAGCACAUUCGAGCCCAGUAUUCUGUGUGCUCAUAUUUCAAAAAGGUUGUAAGCUUGGUGAAAGCUGCGUUGAUAAAGAAUCAAUUGGAAGAGUUCAGGGUGUUCUCCAACAGGGUGGAGGGUCAGGAGAGUGUGGAGUGAUAGUUGCAGCCUUUGCAGAGCAUCUUUUAAUGGGAAAGGACGAACUUGCUUCCAGGUUGUGAAUAUGCCAACAUGUGGAACAAGAGAUGUCAAUAUGCUGUUCGAUUGUGGGGAGUGAAGAAGGUGGAGGAAUCAUAGGAAUUCUUCAUAAUCGUGGGAAUUUAUUUUUGUCGGGUUAAUAGUUCAGCUUUGCAAACACUAUGAAUGUCCAUCUACGAUGUGUGUGGAAUAUUGUACAACUUUUAAUGUUCAUUGUUGUACAAUGUUCAACGAUUGGUGGGAACAUUAUGUUUUUGUAUAUGUCACAAACUAUACAAAGGUGGCAUUUGAGAAAAUGUGGUUACAUGAACAUAGUUGUAUGUUAA